CCCGCCAUGUCGAGACAUUUUCGAUUCAUUUCUCGUACUGUUUUUGUAAAAAAUAACGAAAUUGAUGAUGCUCUAAAUAGCAUUAAUAGGUUAAUGAGGAAUGAAAAAAUAUCAGAUGCAAUAAGAAGAAACCAGUACUACAUUACACCAUGUGAGAGGCGCCAACAGGUAGACAGAGAAAGAGCAAAGAGAUUGUAUGGUUCAGGAAUGGCUAAAAGAGUGAACUUUUUGAUGCGCAAAAGUCGUCCAAAUCCAUUUCCAAGAUAACAGCAGACAUAGUGGAUAGAGACCAUGUUUUUUUUAUAUUAAAAAAGAAAACACAGUUGUGUUGAUAAAAAAGUAAGAAUCAAGAGCAGUUUAAAACUUCAGUUUUUGAACAGCUGUGUGUACAUUAAAUUGCUUUAAAACUGAUUUCUAUUUUAUAUUGAAAAGAAAAUAAAUUUUGAAGUAUG